AUGGAGUCCCACGGUGCCGACACCUACUGGCACGUGCGCAAGUCGGCCGGCAUCUACGGGGAGGACUUCCCCGACCAGGUCGUGGGGAUCCUGUGGGACCACGUCGUGGAGCACCAGACCUGGUUCGGGGGAGCCCCGUACAUUGUCAGCGGCAUCCAGCUGCUCCCGUUCGUGCCCGCGAUGGAGAACUACCUCGACAAGGAGUGGGUCGAGCAGGACAACGCCGUCUACAAGAGGGAGUGCGAGCAGGACCCCGAGUGCGCCAAGGGCUGGUCGUGGCCCAUGUGCCUCGAGCAGGCGGUGCUCGACCCCGUGGCCGCCCGCGAGUGCGUGCACUCGCUCCCGGGCGACGCCUUCGACACCGGCAACGCGGCCGCCAACGGGAACUCCCUGACGAACUCGCUGCACUGGACACCGCGGGCGCCGAGCGAAGGUGCGCACCACGCCGACCCUGGCCAGGCCCAGGGCUCUCCCUGA